GAACAUUGUUGAUGCCCGCGUGCUGAUGGUCCGGGCCUACUAGUCAUCGGCUGCUGCAACUGUCUACUAAACACCUUCAAAAUGAUGGGAGGAGGCCAACCUAUUAUUGUUCUUAACCAGAACACCAAGAGGGAGAGUGGACGUAAGGUACAGCUCCAGAACAUCAAUGCCGGGAAGAUGAUAGCUGAUGUUAUUCGCACGUGCCUCGGGCCUCGAUCAAUGUUAAAGAUGCUGAUGGAUCCUAUGGGUGGCAUUGUCAUGACUAAUGACGGAAAUGCUAUCUUGCGAGAAAUUACUGUUCAACACCCUGCAGCCAAACACAUGAUUGAAAUUGCCCGCACUCAGGAUGAAGAGGUAGGAGAUGGCACUACAAGUGUGGUGAUCCUUGCUGGGGAGAUGCUAGCAGUAGCAGAACAAUUCCUAGAACAUAGGAUGCAUCCUGUGGUCAUCAUCCAGGCAUACAGACAAGCUCUUGAUGAUGCCAUCGCUAUACUUAAAGAUCAACUCUGUGUACCAGUCGAUCUUAACAGUGAGGAGCAGAUGGUUGAAGUUAUUAAGUCCUGUGUUGGUACCAAGUUUAUGGGUCAGUAUGCAGACUUGGCAUGUGUAAUUGCCCUAAGUGCUGUCAAGACCGUCACCACAGAGGAUGAUGGUCGUAAAGAAAUUGACAUAAAAAAGUGGGCAAGGAUUGAGAAGAUCCCUGGUGGUGCCAUUGAAGAUUGCCAAGUGCUGAAUGGUAUUAUGGUGAACAAAGAUGUCACACACCAGAAAAUGAAACGGCGCAUUGAAAACCCUCGUAUUAUUCUUCUUGACUGCCCUCUUGAGUACAAGAAAGGAGAAUCUCAAACUAAUGUGGAACUUAGUGCAGAGACUGAUUUCACCAAGAUGUUGGAAAUAGAAGAAGAACAUGUCAAGUCCAUGUGUGUAGACCUCAUUGCUCUACGUCCAGAUGUUAUUAUUACUGAGAAGGGUGUGUCAGACUUGGCACAGCAUUACCUUAUUAAGGCUGGUAUCACAUGCAUCAGACGUGUUAAGAAGUCAGACAAUAACAGAAUUGCACGUGCUUGUGGAGCUACCAUUGCUAAUCGUACUGAGGAAUUGAAAGAGGAGGAUGUGGGAACUGGAUCAGGAUUAUUUGAAAUAAAAAAGAUUGGUGAUGAAUAUUUCACAUUCAUCACAGAAUGCAAGGAUCCAAAGGCUUGUACCAUCCUUCUCCGCGGUCCCAGUAAAGACAUCCUUAAUGAGGUUGAGCGAAACUUGCACGAUGCUCUUGGUGUAGCGCGAAACCUUGUUAUCGAACCAUACUUGGUUUAUGGUGGAGGAGCAGUAGAAAUGGCUCUUUCACAGAUUCUACAGGAGAAGGCCAAAUCUGUAACUGGAGUCAAGCAGUGGCCAUACACAGCUCUUGCCCAAGCUCUGGAGGUAAUUCCACGCACAUUAUCUCAGAACUGUGGAGCCAAUAUUAUCAGAUUACUGACAGCUUUGCGAGCCAAACAUGUGAAUGGUGAAACAUCGUGGGGUGUUAAUGGAGAAACUGGAGAACUGACUGACAUGAAGAAACUCAAGAUCUGGGAGCCUCUUGCAGUUAAAUUACAAGUCUUUAAAACAGCUGUAGAAACUGCUGUGCUGCUCUUGAGGAUAGAUGACAUUGUUUCAGGAUCAAAGAAGAACAAAGAGGAAAAUGCAGGUGCUGGAGUACCUCAAGACAUGGGGCCCAUGGACCAGUGAAGCGUUGGGGGUUAAAUUCAGAACAGCUUAUUUGCAAACACUGAAACCUUGGUUGUGUCUAAUUAUUUUUUACUUUUUCAACCUUCAGUUGGCAUCCCAUAAUCAGGUAGAGUUAAUACUGUAAUUUAAUUGCUCUACAGAACAGAUGAGUCUAAUACGAUGUACAAUAUAAUGAAGUCUUAACUGCUUAGCUCCUUGUGUGAAUUCUGAUAACAUUAAUAAUUUUAGCAUACAAGGAACAAAAGCCCAUUUCUCACAAAGCUUUUACUGUCGCAUAACAUGCUGCAUAACAUGCCAGUUGCACUAUUUUGAAUGUUAAUGACAUCAGUGAAAUAACUUGUCCUAAGGAAUCACUUAAAAAUACAUUUUUGUUACUG